GUCAUUUUCCCUACAUGCUAUAAGAGCCGCCACCAGUGUCUUCCAGAAAAACCCUUAGCUUGCACCAGAGGCGGAGAGAGAGAGCUGAGAAGGUGAACGAUGGUGUCGUUGAAGCUCCAGAAGCGUCUUGCCGCCAGCGUCCUCAAGUGCGGGAAAGGCAAGGUUUGGCUCGAUCCCAAUGAGGUUAAUGAAAUCUCCAUGGCCAACUCCAGGCAGAACAUUAGGAAACUGGUGAAGGAUGGUUUUGUCAUUAGGAAGCCCACCAAGAUUCACUCCCGUGCUCGUGCACGAAGAAUGAAGGAGGCCAAGAGAAAGGGUCGCCACUCUGGUUAUGGUAAGAGGAAGGGUACCAGGGAAGCAAGGUUGCCAACAAAAAUACUGUGGAUGAGGAGAAUGCGUGUACUGAGGCGCUUGCUUCGUAAAUACAGGGAGUCCAAGAAGAUUGACAAGCACAUGUACCAUGACAUGUACAUGAAGGUGAAGGGUAACGUAUUCAAGAACAAGCGUGUCUUGAUGGAAAGCAUCCAUAAGUCCAAGGCUGAGAAGGCAAGAGAAAAGACACUGUCUGACCAAUUUGAGGCCAAACGUGCUAAGAACAAGGCAAGCAGGGAGAGAAAGUUGGCAAGGAGAGAGGAGCGCUUGGCACAGGGACCUGGAGAGAAGGCAGUGGCAGCACCAGCACCAGCACCUGCACCUGCACCUCAACAGGCUGAAGGUGCUAAGAAAUCCAAGAAGUGAAGUGGAAGUAACCAAUGGACCUAAAAUGUUAAUGUUUCUUGUUUUCUUAAGAGUUUUUGUUCCCAGCAGUGGUCUGUUUACAUUUGUUAAAAUUUUUAAUUACUAUCAAUUAUCGAAUUUUGGAACGCCUAAAGCUGUUUUGCGUUGUUUCAUUGUUGAAUUAUUUGACACUGAAUACGGCUGGUAAAACCUACCUGAUGUGUUGACAGUUAGGUGUUCCAUUUCUGUUAGGGCUUUCGUUCAUGCCCUUUUGAUUUUAAUUUGUUGUAGCGAACUUGUUUCUUUCUUUUGUUUCUAGUCAAACCCUCAUCUAAACAAUAACAAAAUGGAUUACUUAAAUUGUAAGGCAGGCAUCGUCUGUGUUGUGAUGUAAUAAUAGGUUUUUUUUUUU